UUCAAAACCUCGUGACGAGCGGUUGCCGCGAUUGCCGCGUUCGCUGUCUUUCCGAUUUCCUCAAAAAUCACAAGCCACUUUUUUGUAUAAAACUACAACAUUUUUUUUCGAAGCAACUUAAAGCCAUCAAAAGCAACAAUAGCCUGCUAAACAAAACAAUUCACUACCAAGCCGCGUUAAACAACAACAACCCGAGAAUAUAUAUUUCUAAAUAUAUAUAAAACAAAACCAAUCACUUGAGAAAUAUUGUGUGUGGUGAGAAAAGUGAGUGUUUAUUUUUGGGAAAUUGAAAUUCAAAUAGAAAUAGAAAUAGUUAACCGCAACCAAUCGCUUCCAAUGGAAAUCAUGUGCCUAAAAAUGCAAAUUGCUCGAAGAAAAUCAACAACGUCUAUUUAAAACAAAAAAAAGUCCAACUCAAGCCAAUCAAAUACAAAACGUGUUGGGAAAAAGUCAAAUAACAAAAAAAGAAAUACAGCAAAUACAAAAUCAAACAACAACAGUCGCUCGCGAACACACAAAUAUUUUUAUAUUUUUAUACAUAUAUAUAUAAAUACAUAUAUAUGUGCAUAUAUAAAAUUGCAUAAAAAUAUUUUUUUACUCAAGACAACCGACGCACACACACCAGCGCAGUCGACGAGAAACACAGAUACAUUCGCCGCUCGCACACACGACGACGACGUGGCCCCGCUUCAGUGUGUUGGUGUAUCUGUGUGUGAUUGUGCGACGCCAGCGUCGCUGCUCCAACAACAACACCAACAAAAGCAGCAGCAGCAACAGCAACAACGACAGCAGCAACAACUACAACAACAACCGCCGGUCGCCAAGUUGAUUAUUAUUAUUUUUUUGGCACGCCGAAAAAAACCCAGCGAAUAUAAUAAUACGAGGUUGGCGCAAAAAUAAUAACAAAAUCAAACAUCAUUCGCCGGCGUCGUUUUUGUGUUAAUUAAAUUUACUUUUGUGAAUGAAAUGCGAAAGAAAGCAAAGCGAAAAAUCAUCUUUAAUAAAUGCUAAAUAAAAAAACCAGCAGUCGCGAUCGCGAGUAAGAAUUUCGAAGAGAGAAUCGCCUUUGGAAUAUAACUGAAAACCAGAAAAUAACACGAAAUCAUCGAAACAUUUUGGAUACACCUCUCAAAACCGAAAAAAUUAAGGAUUACACAACCUACAACUUAUGGUGAUUAAUUACGGAAUUUGUACCACGGAUUGCUUUUGAAAAUCAAUAAAGCAAUCUGUUCGCAGCUGUCGGAAUCUGCAAAAGGAUGAAGGCAAAUCGAGCUGAGAACGGGCGCAGCAACUACGAUCGGCGGCAUUGAGGAUCUCGGAUCUCGGAUCUCGGAUCCGGAACCGCAACUCGGACCGAUCUCGAUCUCGAGGUGGAGCGAGCAGUGGAGCGGAACGAGGACGAGGACGUGGAGCGGAGGAGUGGAGGUGCAGGAGGAGGAGGAGUCCUGGUUACAACGACACUACAUGGAUCGCAGGAAUGGCGGCGAUCCCUUGGCGCCACCCCGGCCCCCGAAGUUAUUACCGCGAGUGCAUCGACCAAGGGCGCCGGAGCCGACGUUGAGUGGCAUCGACCAAGUAUCUGUAUCAUCUGUAUCAUCUGCAACAUCCACAAUCCAUACAAACAACAAUUCACAGCAGCAACAACUUAGUAUUAGCACAGCCGCCGCGAGCAACAACAAUAAUAAUAAUAAUAAUACGAUAUCGAUAAUACCCGCAUCGCCGGAUUUCGACGACUAUCAGAUCCACCACCUGACCUUCCUGCCCCAGCGACCCAGCAGUUUGAGCCGCAACAGCAGCACGGCCUCCUCGACAACGGCAACGGGCAUAAGUGUUUCGGGAUCGGGAUCUGUUUCGGGAUCAUCCUCUAGCUUUACGAGGCGGAGACCACCGGCAAUACCCAUACCGCUGGUUAACAAUAAUAACAACAACUUCCUUAGUCAUUUCCAAAGCGCUGGUGAGCCGGCGAGCUCGGUGAACUCGCUGGGCCAGCCGCCCGCCUCCCCCGUCACGCUGGCUCAACCGCGACCCGAGUCCGAAAGGCUAACCAACGAGUAUGUGGACACGCCGCUGCAGCAUGCGACGCGUGCCCAGCAUCCGGCUGGCCAGCAGGAUAAUGGCCAGACGACCACCCACCAUCUGUUGCUGCUGCCCCAAAGGAAUCAGCAUUUGCAGCAGCAGCACCAGCAGCAGCAGCAAAUGCACCAGCAACAUAUGCAGCAGCAACAUGCGCGACUGGCGACGACGACGACGCAGGCGACGUCCGUUGGAAGCGACCACACCGAUGGCUUACUACAUUCGCACCUGCAAUCAAAUAGCACUAAUAGCAAACCACCCGCCUCGAAACAACAGCAGCAGCAGCCAGGACCCAGAUUGGGUUUGGGUUUAGGAUUGGGUUUGAACCAACCCAUAAUAACCAAACAGCCGACGCAGAAGGAGCAUAUGCAUGCCCUGGAGGAGCUGCUGCAACCGGGAGGAGGAACAGGAGGAGCUAACAAUGGGCCCCUGGUCAUGUCCGGCGAUCCCAGCCUCUCCAAUCCCAUCGUCUGUCCGCGCUGCGGUCGCUGUCGCUGCGAGCAGUGCCAGAGCCCCAGGCCGCUGCCCCAGACGUGGGUGUGCAACAAGACCUGCCUGUGCAGCGCCGAGUCGAUCAUCGACUAUGCCUCCUGUCUGUGCUGUGCCAAGGCCCUGUUCUAUCACUGUGCGCGGGAUAAUGACCUGGAUUGCGACGACGGGAAUGGCACACCCUGCGUGGAUAAUCCCUGCUCCUGUGGGCCGUACAAGAGAACCCAGAGAUGGGGUUGGCUGGGAGCCCUGUCGAUCUUCCUGCCCUGCCUGUGGUUCUACUGGCCCAUGAGGGGUUGCAUGAAGCUGUGCGAAAAGUGCUAUGGCAGGUUUGCCGGCCGAGGAUGCCGCUGUCAGGGAGGAUCGAUGGGCGGAGGAGGAGGAGGAUCAGGCAUUGGAGGAGCAGGCGGAGCCAUAGGAUCCACCAGCAGCAUGUUGCCCAUUGUGCCCCUGGGGGUGAAUGGCAAUAGUCUGGGGGGUGGAAUAAAUCUAUCCAGUGGCACGGAGGGCGCACUCAACCAGGCGAAUGGCAAGGCCAUGGAGCACGGAUGCAGUGCCGCCAGGAGCAUCCUGCGCAAGGGGGACCUCACGCCCGAGAAGCGACUCCUGGACUCCAGUCCCGACUAUUAGGAUUCUACUUCUCCUCCUUCCCAUUUUUGUGCCCGGCUUUUGAACCUAGGCAAAAACCUUAAGGCACAAAAAAUUGUAGGAAAUCGUGAACCCCCUUCAUAUAUACCCCCAAUAUAUAUACGGAAAAUAUUUAAUAUAUGAUUUAAAAAAGGAUAUAUAAAAAAAGAGGAAAA